AUGGGCAGUGCAGGAUCUUCUGCACACCAUUCCUCUUCCGACCUUAUGGAACACCACCAUCAGUAUCCAGACAUGAAUAUGAUCUUUAAGGGAAUUCCGAAAAUGAUCCAGGUUGGUCUGAAAUGACGUUCACAAUAACCGAAUUUUGAUUUAUUUUUUUCUUUUCCGUCGAAUCAAGUGAGUCAACCAAUAUAUUUUUAGCAAUUUUUUCAAAGUUUCGAUCAAAAAAGUUCAAGCUUCAUCAACUCUCUAAUUAUUUUCUAGUUAGGUCGUAGUCAAGUUGAAAUUUUGACAGUGGGCAAUAAUUUUGUAGACCAAGGAAUGUUUUUGAUGGUAAAAUUCUGUAUUCACACAGUUGUUUAUAAUUUUUUCGAUUUUCGAAAAUUAAUAAACUUGAAAAAAAAAUGUUUCAUAAGCCUCGACCUCAACAGACUCAGUUUCCAUUUCUCCUUCAAACUUCAAAAACGUCUUAUUUUCACAUAUUUUCAACAAGCCUAACUUAUUUGAAAAAUGCGUUCGCUAUAUCUUUUAUGUUCCUCUGGGAUUCAAAACGAUUAAGACCACUUUUCAUUUUUCGUUCGGCCGAAAUCCAUUUACAUCAACAUCCUUGCGGAAAACACAGGAUCGUAUAUGUUGUUGCGUAUGCGCGGAAUUGCUUAGGGGUUAUUCUUCCGGCAUUUACAUACGCCUGAGAUCUCAGGCUUUCAUUCGCCGAGUUCAUUCAGUCAUUUGCAAUAAGUGCAUACGAGUUAAUGUGGCUUUGGAAAGAAAUAGUGAAGAAAAUCCGGAAGGAAAAGUAGAAUUGUUUUCAUAAGUGGUUAUGGCAGUUCUAUCAAAGAAAUUACCCCCCAAUGCGUUAGAAAAGUAUAAAACUAAAAAUAAAAAACUAAAUGUAGAGUUCAAGGCAACUGAGAACAGCUUAUUAAAUAAAUUAAUCGACAGGUUCAAAGAAUGUUCUCGCCAAAACGGAAACUUACGCGAGCAAAAUUUUUCUAAUUUAAUAAUUUUUAAAAAUAUUCUCAAAUAGAUGAACUGAAGUAUAAUUGAAAUGGCUUGGAUGAAAAUUGUUAUCCUAAAUGAUGAAUCAAGGAAUGAAUAAACAGGUGGCGGACGACAUGCACCGUAUGACGGAUUACAUAAUGGAUCUACGCAACAUGACUAUCGGACUCGUUGCCAUAUCAGCUGUCGGACUCAUAGGCUUUUUGAUCCUCAAAGCUGUGCACGGACGGAACAACAAAACCCGUAGAAGGCGAUCUCUUGCUAGACAGGUAACCUAAAAAGAAAAAAAUCAAGUGGACUGAAAAAAAAAUUUCCAAACAGAUUUUUAAUAAUUUUUAUAAUAUCGUGUUAUAAUUUUGUACAAUAUCAAAAAGCGUGAAAUUUUUUUCUCCCUUCGAUUAACGUCACUUUUUAGGAGCUCAGAUUUUUCCUUUUCAUCUGAAGAACUAAUCUCUACCUCACUUUCUCUUCGUGAAUUUUAGAUGUCGUUAACAAAAUCCGAAAGUUAUUUAUUCCUGCUAAUUUCACUUUAAUUAUGUUCUGGCCUUUUUUACACAUUAAUCAGUUUUCCCGGCACACUAACACAACUAAACUGAACCUCCUUAAGGCCGAAGAAGGUUAUCCGCACAAUCGUUACUACUAUCAAUCGCAGUACUCCGCGCCGGAACCUUGGGACCGUCCAAAGUCUAACUAUAGGUACAUUCCCAAGUUUUUAUAAUUUUCAAGCUUUUUUCGAACAUUUUUAGUUUCAGCAAUCACACGGUAGACGAGAAACGAGUGAAUGAAACCCGAGGAAGUCCAGAAAACAAAGGAAACGGCAGUCUUCCUUACAAGGUAUCGCUCUGACCGGAACCGAUCCAUUUGUCUCAACGGCUGUCGCUAGGGCAUCCAGAUAGAUCUCGCCUCUAAAUAUUUAUAAUUCUGGGGUGUACUAAUUGCGGACCACAUGUACAUGCAGAUGUGCGUUCGCUUGUUGAUUUCUUUUAGAGAAAAAAGCUUGACUUUCGUUGACAAAAUUUGCCGCGCUUUUUUUGCCCUGGGGACCGUUUAAAGAUCAUUCUCUGCAUGUUCUAGAAGGUGCCUUGGGGCAUUGACCAUUUGUCUUCAAGUUUUGCGUUGCCGAAAAAUGCCUGUCGUUCGUCCAAGAUUUCCUUGGGGUGUUGAAAUGUGAAUCCUCGCCAAACUUUGCCGUAAAUUUUCGAGGAGAAAUGAAUUCUGAAAAUAAAACUUCAAAAAACCUACCGAAAUCUUGAUUUCUCCAAAAUUUUAGCGUAGAAAGCCAGUUUCAAUAAUGCUUGAAAGUUUUUUUAAUUGUCUUAUUUAUGAUUAGAUUGAAAUUGAAAAAAACUGUUGGAUAAAUAAAAAUCAGAGGAUAAUACUUUUUAUCUAUGGAAUUAUUUGAAAGCCCAAUCAUCGAUUCAAGACUUUGAAGCAAUCAAAAAAAUACUUUUUUUAUUUGACAUCGUUAUUUUGCAGCCAUUCUCGAACGAUUCGUCAGAACUAUCGCCAGAAAUCGAGAAGAAGAGCUCCGUGGUCGAAUCUCCAUUCCGCGCAAUGUCGCACAAAGUCUGAACUCGCCACAUUUCUUUCACCUUGUUUAUACAUAUAAGAUUUGUUUGUUUGGUGCCCAUGCACGUGUCUGCAUCAAAUACAAAAAAGUGUCGUUCUUUUCAGUAUUGCUAUUUUUUCAAGAAGUAUAAGAAGAACCACAAAUUGCACGGAAAUGUUUGGUUUCAGCGCACGUUGGAACCCGUCAAGUUGGUUGUCGGCGACCUUCCUUACGUCGAUUCGUGA